CUGACAGAUGUGAGAAAUAUAUAUGUACUGCGUUGUUCGGAAGUAUCGUUAUCAAUUCGAAUGGCAUAGAGGCAAGAGAAGUACUGUAUUAUAUCGCUCAUCGUCAUGCGUUGCUAUAUUGCUUUAUUUGUUAUGUGACACUUUCAGCCAAUACGCAUGUUUAUCUUUAUGAUUGUGUUGAGUCUAUCGGAAAUAACCAAUUAGGUCCGCAUUCCUUCCGUCUGUCAACGUUCCAGUAACGCAUUAUGUGUAUUUACUUACAUAUAUAUCGGGCGGUAAAAUAGUUGUGUUUAUUUGAAUUGUGUGAUUAUUAUGUAAAUGUAAGAGUUUAUAAUCUGAUGAUAUAUUUGACAACUAAUUUUAUCUCGUUGUAUCGUUUACAUAAUUAUAUAAAAUGAAUACAAAACCGACUUUUUCUAAACCUAGUGAUAGUAUGUGGCAAGAGGAUAAACCAGAUACAGAAGCCCAUUCAUCCACACAAUUUGUAUACAAUGCACAUCAUUCGCUUGCACUUAAUAUGCAACGUCAACGGUUGCCUACAUUUAAGUAUAGAAGUCAUAUUAUAUACUUACUGGAAAAAUAUCAAACAUUAGUGUUAAUCGGCGAAACUGGAUGUGGAAAGAGUACGCAGUUACCUCAGUAUCUUCUUGAAGCAGGAUGGUGUACAGAUGGGAAAAUGAUUGGCAUCACGGAACCAAGAAGGGUUGCGGCUACAUCUUUAUCUAAUCGUGUUGCUGAUGAACGCAAUUGUAUUUUAGGCACUGAAGUUGGUUAUUCUAUACGUUUCGAUAAUUAUACGGAUGAAACGACAAAGAUCAAGUAUAUGACAGAGGGAAUUCUGCUUCGUGAAUUAAUGAGCGAUCCUUUGUUGACAAGUUAUUCUGUAAUCGUGGUGGAUGAAGUACAUGAAAGGACCCUUCUUACGGAUAUUAUUAUGGGUCUUUUGAAAAAAAUAAUCCGGAAACGAAAAAGUUUACGAAUUGUCGUUUGUUCCGCUACGGUCGAUGCAGAACAGCUUCGAGAUUUUUUCAAUACAAAUACAACGAAGGAUUCCGCAAAAGAUACUGCAAUUAUACUUACCGUCGAAGGUAGACUUUAUCCAGUGGAUAUUUUCUACAUUAUAGAACCAGUAGCUAAUUACGUGACCAGUGUCAUAGAUACUGCUUUGAAAAUUCACGAAAAUGAAGAACCUGGUGAUAUUCUAGCGUUUCUUACGGGUUUGGACGAAGUAGAUCAAGCAGUUUCUCUUUUAUCAGAGCAUGCAAAGCUCAUAAAGGAAGGCAAGCAGAAACUUUUACCUCUGGCUAUGUACGGAUCUCUUCCGAACUCCGAACAACUGAAAGUAUUUUGGAGGGCUGCCAAAGACACUCGUAAAAUUAUCGUAGCCACAAACAUUGCAGAAACAUCUAUCACUAUUCCAAAUAUUGUUUAUGUUAUUGAUUGUGGCUUUGUAAAAAUUCCAUGGUAUGAGGCUGAAGCUCAGACAAAUUCUCUCGUAAUUGUUCCUGUGUCCAAAGCAUCCGCGAAUCAGCGUGCUGGUAGAGCGGGUCGUGUCCGAACAGGAAAAGCAUACAGAUUGUACACAAAGGAAGCAUACUCAGAACUAUUUGAGGCAACGCCACCAGAAAUGCAACGCUCGGAUUUAGCACCGGCGAUCUUACAAUUGAAAGCUUUAGGAAUUGAUAAUGUAUUAAGAUUUAAUUUUCCUUCCGCUCCACCAAGUAAAAAUCUUCUAACUGGGCUGGAAUUACUUUAUGCAUUAGGAGCAAUUGACAGUAAUGGAGAAUUAACGACACCAUUGGGCGUAACAAUGGCAGAAAUGCCAUUGGAGCCUGUUUUGGCAAAAUCUCUUAUAGUAUCAGGUGAAAUGGGAUGUUCCGAAGAAUUAUCAACGAUUUUAGCUAUGCUUCAAGUACAAAAUGUUUUUAUAAGACCUGCAGGAGGCCACGCUGCUAUAAAGGCAAGAAUAGCGCAUAGAAAAUUCGAAGUUGAGGAGGGAGACCUAUUAACGUUGCUCAAUGUAUAUACUGCUUAUGAGAAAAAUAAGACACUUGGUUGGUGUCAAAAACAGUUUCUUAAUAACAAAGCUUUACGCAGAGUUACGGAAAUUCGAACGCAAAUGCAUUCUAUGAUGAAGAAAUUAGAUAUACCGUUGGUUUCGGCUAAUGGAAAUUUGCAACAAAUUCUAAAAUGUAUAACUGCUGGACUUUUUCCGAAAGCGGCGUACUUACAUUACACUGGAGUAUAUAAAACAGUACGUGGAAAUAAGGAUUUGUAUAUACAUCCAAAUAGCUGUUUAUAUACACUUCAGCAACCCCAAUGGUUACUAUUUUAUGAAGUUUUACAAACAAACAAAACGUAUAUAAAGGAUAUAACUGUGAUACAACCAGAAUGGUUAUUAGAAUUAGCGCCUCACUUUUAUGAAAAGACAUCUCUUGAUCCUAUUUAAUAUAAUUUUUGUACGUAUAUACUUAAAAUAAUAAUGUAGUAAAAAAAAAAUGAACAAAAGUUUAUUUAAUUCAAAUACCUUUCUUUAAUUUGAAAAUUAGACCACUGAAAACAAUGCUACAAACACAGAGCCACCUACCGAUAAAGUAGUAUAGUUAUCAUAAUUAACACUAAACAAACUUCAUGAUUUACGUUAGUUUUUGUUCCUACUGGUGCCAAAAAAGUUGCGUCUUUAUACGACGCAAUCUGAUAAAACUCGCAGUUAAAAUAAAAAAAAAAAAAAAAAAAACACGCGUUGAAUAAUUUUACACAUCAAAAUAGAAAGUUAAAAAUAAAAAGUCUAAUAAUCCCAAUUUAGUUCAAA